AUGAAUGAUAUACACGGAGGAAAUACGAAUAAUUCAUUUCAACAAUCAAAUGGUGAAUUAGUAGAUAUUUCUAUUACUAAUCAAGCUACUGAAGAUGAAAAUAAUAUUGAUCCAAAAUCUGGUUAUUCAUCACAUUAUACAUCAAUUUGUUAUCCAUUUGCUGGAAUGAUUCGUGAUGUUAAAAUACGUUUACCUUAUUAUUUAUCCGAUUGGAAAUUAGCUUUUUCUUAUCGUAUAUUUGCUGCUACAAUUCGUAUAUUUUUUCUUAAUACGAUUCCAGCAUUAGCUUAUGCUCUUGAUUUAUAUUUACGUAGUGAGCAUUAUUAUGGAGUUAAUGAAGCUUUACUUGCAUCUGCUCUCGGAGGUAUUGUCUUUGGUCUAUUAGCUGUACAACCAAUAUCUAUCGUUGGUUUUACUGGUUUAAUUAGUUUAUUUAAUUAUACAACUUACAAUAUCAUCAGUCGAAAUUCUCAAGUGCCUUAUUUAUCUUUUAUGUGUUGGACAGCUAUAUGGGCAGCUAUUUUUCAUUGGCUUAUUGCUAUAUUUAACUUAGUGACAUAUGUUCGUUAUAUGACAAAUUUUACUGCAGAAAUCUUUGGUUUUUAUGUUGGUGCUGUUUAUAUACAAAAAGGAAUUGAAUUUAUAAUUGAUGAUUUUCAUGAAUCAUCAACAAAAGGAUUUAUGUCAGUUUUAGUAGCUUUUGGCUUCUUUUUCUCCUAUUGGGUAUUAACACAUAUAGGUCAAUCAAGUUAUUUUACUCGAACUAUUCGUGAUUUUUUUGUUGAUUAUGCUAUGAUUCUAUGUGUUAUUUUUUGGUCUGGUUUUGCUUUUAUUCCAGGUCAUUUACGUUCAACCAAUAUUGAACGAUUAGCAGUUACAUCUGCUUAUCAACCAACAGUUUCUACACGUUCGUGGUUUGUUAAUCCUUCAGAUUUAGAUGUUAAAUAUAUUUUUAUUGCAAUACCAUUUGCUUUAUUAGUUACAGCAUUAUUCUAUUUUGAUCAUAAUGUAUCAAGUUUAACAGCUCAAGCUAAACAUUAUCCAUUACGAAAACCAGCUGGAUUUCAUUGGGAUUUUUUUCUAUUAGGAUGGACUACAAUUAUAGCUGGUUUUCUUGGUUUACCAUAUCCAAAUGCACUUGUGCCACAAUGUGCUAUGCAUACAGAUGCACUUGGUCGUUGGAAAAUCGAUGAAUGUGUAGAAAAUCAAGUACCAACUGCUAUUGUUACUACUCAUAAAUCACGUCGACCUGUACAACAAUAUAUUUUAGUUAAAAUAAAAGAACAACGAUUAACAAAUACAUUUCAAAGUAUACUUUGUCUUAUUACAAUGUUUGGUCCAUUUCUUACUUGUUAUUCAUUAAUAUCACGUGCUGUUUUAGCUGGUGUUUUUAUUGGUAUUGGUUGGGGUUCAAUUGAAGUUAAUGCAAUAACACAUCGUUUGCUACAUCUUAUACGUGAUCCUAAUCAUAUCAAAGCUGAUGAUCCAUUAAUUCGACUUUCUCGUUUAAAAAUAUUUUCAUAUACUACAAUAAUGUUUAUUGGUUUUCUUUCUCUUUUUAUAAUAUCACAAACAAUAGCAGCUAUUGGAUUUCCUGUACUUGUUUUACUAUUAAUACCAUUUCGAAUUCUAGUAUUAACAAAAUGGUUUACAUCAGAAGAAUUAACUAUACUUGAUUCACCUGUUGCAAGCACACUUCCACUUGAUUCUAUUGGCGGUUUACCUGAUAUAUUAAAGCCUGCGAAUUUAUAA